CGGCGGUAGCGGCAGUGCCGGCGCGCGCGGGCGCCAGCGGCCGCCGGCCUUGCUUCCGCCUCCGCGGGCUGAGGAACUAUCGAGUGUAACAUUGGCAGUUGGAAAUCCUUAGCUUGAAUACAAAAGCCUGUCUUCUCAUCUAAGAGUCAUACAUCAUUAGUUUUGGUUUUGGACUGAAGAAAAAGAAAUCUAGAAAAGAUGGACUGGAAUGUAGGACCACUCCAGAAUACUGAUGCACAGAAUAACUUGCAAAGUCAAGAAGCGUGUUAUACUCAGGUGCUUUCUAAUGCACAGGCUUUUCCUCAAGCAAAUGCAUAUUCUUCUGAGAAUGUAUGCAGUUAUACUGGAAAUAACCACAUGAUGUAUCUGCCAACCAGCAAUAUAAAUGUUGUCUUCACUCCUGUAAAUGCUGAAGGAUACAAAAAUUCAGACCAGACCUUCUCAGGAGCAUCUGUAGCUGGCAAUGGAUUUGCCAUCUCAGAAUAUGCAGUUGAUCGGUGUCCACCUUCCCAUGUACCAUUAGCAACAAGACCUCCUAAUCAGGCGUCCCAUGUGCAGAUGCAGAUAACUCAGAAUCCAUGGCGAAACUCUAAGGCACAUACAUAUUCUCGUAGGAAGUUAGCUCCCCUACUUUCUCAAAUGAACUCUGGAAAUAACGUACAGAACACACAUCGAGAAUCCCAGAACCAGUAUCUCUCCACAAAUGGUUAUACUGUGCAGCCGCAAGUUUCACAGCUUAAUUCUAUGAGAACUACAAUGUUAUAUCAAAGUAAUCGUGAAUGCAUUAAUGCUUCAAAGGCGGGGUGUCUGCCACCAUAUAACAUGAAUGGUUCUGCUUCUUCUCAAGGCAUUCCAAUACCCAUCAAUCAGUCAUCCAGUCAGUAUACACAGUCUCAGAAUAAUUCUUUGUCCUUUGGUACAUCUGGACAACAUGUCCAAACCCAAAUAUAUUAUCCCAGUAAUCAGUUUCAAGUUUCACACUCCCAGAGUAAAAAUACUACUGUAAAUGUACCACUGCAACAAUAUGUACCAAGUCAGAUGGGAUCAGAAACUCAUAAUGGAUGUUCUGCACCAUCUUUUUUGCCUGCCAGCUGUGAUUCAAGAGCACAAUCUUUGCUAGGUGUUCAACAGGCAGUACAAAAUGUGUCUAAUGGAUAUACCCUAAACCAUCAGAAGCACCCAUCAGAUCAAAACAGUGCUUCUUGUUUUAACGAUACUCAGCAAUACUGGCAGAAACAGCAAUCUGGAGAAGUCAGUGAAACAGUUAGAAAUGUCUGUAAUUUGAGUGGAAAUGUGACAGCAAAUCGGCUUUUUAAUGAAAUGUCUACGGCAUCUACUGGAAUUUCCAAAGAAUUGUAUAACACUGUGCAAGAAAUAGCAACUGUUCCUUCUGUAUCAGCUUCAAAGCCACCAAAUGAUACUGCUUCAGUUCAAGAAAAGCAGACUACUAAUUUAAUGAAUGUGCCUAUUAAUUCUCAAAUGCCUUCACCAACAGGCGGUGGAAUAAAAAUUACAAAAGACAGACUAGCUUGGGAAGCUCAUAAACUGCUUUCUAUUAAAAAAAAAUGUCUCCUACUUGAAAGGAUGCUUCAGUAUAAAAAAAAGCUCUUUGCAGCUUCAGAACAUGACAAAAGUACUUCCACACUUACUCCAUGUAAUCAAAAUACUCCCCCUAAUUUUCUUCCCCACUUGCCCAAUCAAAAUGUAACAACUUCCGUGUCUGAAACAGUGAGGACAGCGAGUCAGCAGCACCUGAGUUUUAACUCUUCUCCCAUAGAAAGAAAUGACAGAAGCAUGACCAAUGUUGACAACAGAGGCUUAGAGAUAACUCAAAGUAAUCAUCAGAUGGAGCAUGGAAGCUUCUCAUCAAACUCCCUUUCCAUUUCCGCUCAGAGUAAACUCUCAGCUCAAUUAAAUAAUCCUGUGAGAGCUCCCAUCUUGGAACAAAAAGAUGUGUCAGCCUUGACUUCUUCUCAAAAAACUUUGGCAUCCUCUAACAAUACUUCAUGUUGUAGUCAAACUGAUAACCCUUUCAAAAUUGUAGGAAAGAACAUACCAACUAACCCUGGGAAGUCAUCAUUUCUUCAGUUUGUAUUGAGCAGCACAAAUAUUUUGAAAGAGAAGAGAGCUGGUGCUACUGCAGAUAAAAUACUGACAAGUCUUCUUUGUAAUGAAAAACCACUUGUAGAUUUAACGGGCUCAGAUGGAAGCUUAUUGAAAGAUGCGACUGAGAAGAGCAUAGAAAGUUUGAAAGGUGAGCAGGCAUUUAAAGUUCACACAAACCCUCUUGUAUCAGAAGCAGUGGGGUCUGAUGAAACUAGUUUCCAGAAUGCGGUAGGCCAGGAAAAAACACCAUUUACUGAAAAUUCAUGUUCUGAACAGAACAAUUGUACUUACUCUGUGGAAGAGCUGACUGCAUGCCUUGGCUUGUGGAGAAAACAUGCUACAGAACCUGUGAAUGUUCAAAAUAGCCAAUCAAACGAAAGCCUCACAGCAAAUCCAAUGUCUCUGUUACCUUACACUCAAAACGCAAUGAAUAAUAGAGAACAAAAUAACGUUUCAGUUAGUACCAAUGAAGCAGUGUUGCCUUUAACAACUCUUUCUGUAGGACAAAAACAUGAUAUGUUGUGUUCCAAUUUGAUUAAAAGUUUUGAACUCCAAGUUGCAGUUGUCUCUCCUUUAGUACUUUCUAAACAGAAAACACGGAAUGAAGAGACAGACAAGUUUCCAACAUCUGCAGGUACAACCUAUCCAGUGAUUGAAGCAGGAAGCAUAUGUAGCUUGCAAGAAGAAGGGAAAAAUGUUUUAACUGUGGUAAAUACUGAUAAAGGAACAAAAGAAACUGUUCCUUCAUCACCUGAUGACUGUGUUCUAAUAGAGGAAGUGGACUUAGAUUUGCAACAGACCAAAUCAGCUGAUGGAAAUGGAAUAGUUCAAAGCAGUGUGAAUGCAAGUGAUGCAUGUGAUAAAAAACAAAGGCAAGUUAGCAAAUCAGUGCAAGAUGCCAGAGAAAAUUUGCAAUUUGGGUUACCAGAUGAGGCUUCUGUUCCUGAACUGGGUGUGAAUUCUAGUCAAAUCUUUCAAAAAGAUAAAACAGACCAUAAAGACAAGCAAGCUGUGUUACAGCCAGGAAAUACUUCUACAACAGUGUUGGAAGAUGUAUUUCAUAUUUCUAGUGUAUGUUCUCUUGUUGAAGGUGAUACAUUUUAUAAUCCACAAAUAGCAAGUAUGUUCAGCUCAGCCCCUGUGACAAAUACAUUAAGUUGUGGUAGCUCAUUAGCAGAUAAUGCAUCUGACCCAAAACAAAAUGAGCAACACCUGGACUUGUGUAAAGAUGAACAGGAAUUGAGAGAGAAUGUUCUCCAAGGUGAGGGCUUUCUGCAGACGACAUUGGAAGACUUGUCAGGCUGCAUGAGUAAAGCAGAUAAGAUUUUGGAUGAUAUCACAAUUAGCAGUUCUGAGAAAGCAAGCAGUGGAAGUUCUCCUAAAACACUUUCUACCUCAGAACAAAAAAUAUCAGUAAAUGCAUCUUACAAGCAUCCUGAAAAUGAUUUGGAAAUUCUUGCUAGCAUAAACCAGGAGUUAACUCAAAACUCACAAGGUCCAUCAACUGGUGUAACUGCUGAAACAAACAUGUUCACUGUUACAAGAGACAGCAGUAAACAAGGUGACACAUACAGUAAAAAUAGUACAGAUGAGGAGACAAACCUUUUUGGAGGAGAACCUGUUAAAUGUCUAAACAGUCAGCUGACUGAACUUGUGGAAGAGUUUCCAUAUGGCAUUGAAGGUGCUGAUAUGCUAACAAAAGAUCCAGCACAAAGUGAUUUUGUGGCUGAAUGGACAGAGAAUCGACCUCAGAAAGAGACUCAAACUUGUAACCAAAAUUCUGAUCCAGUAGAUCAGAUACAAAUUACACUCUUAAGGUCUGAACAGACGCAAGAUGCAAAAGAUCCAGCACAAAGUGAUUUUGUGGCUGAACGGACAGAGAAUCAACCUCAGAAAGAGACUCAAACUUGUAACCAAAAUUCUGAUCCAGUAGAUCAGAUAAAAAUUCCACUCUUAACGUCUGAACAGAUGCAAGAACUGUUUCCUGAACCCAACCAGCAUUCAUAUAGUGAAAGCCAUAAAGCAACAAGUCAACAGGCAGAAAAAGAUUCAAUUGAGAAAGAGAACCUUGAAAGCAAUAUGCAGUCUGAUCAGAGCCUAUGCGAAGAGAAAGAAAAAACAGAAAAAAACUCUAGAAGAGAGAAAAAAACUUAUUGUUGUUUAAUGGGUUGGUUAUCUGUAGAGUAUGCAGUGCCACAAUGCUCCUGUGAAUCUAGAGUAUCUGAUUCUGAGAAAAAUCAUAGUGAUCAUCAAAUUUCAGAAUUUGAAAAUGCUAGUUCUAAAGAGAGAGAGGAAAGCAAUAUUAAAUCUGUUUCUAAAACAAAGAUGAACUGCACAGUGGAAAACCUGCCAACUGAAAAAUUUCAGAACAAUGUUGGCAAAAAUAAGAAAGAUUACACCUCUGUAAUGAACAAAGAAGCUAGGACAAAGGUGAAUAAUGAAUAUAAGCCUCUUGCAACGCAACAGGAAAAAAUCAAACCACUUAAUUUGUCUGAAAAAAAAGACUCUGAUAAAUUGAGAAGAAGCAACUGGAAGGAAGAGUUGCAAAUCUAUAGAAGAAUCCCUUCAUUAGGGAAAGAAUUUCAUUCUGCUGAGAAAGAUUAUCAGAGUGUCUCCAAAGAAGAACUGUUGCCAGGAAAAGCUGGUUGUAUGGAUGCAGACAAUAUGAUGUUGCCUAAAAAGAAAGACAGAGUUUUCAGGGUGGAGUCCCUUUCAAAAGAUAAAACUGAAAUAAAUUUGGCUGUGAAACCCAAGACAGACAUUUGCAAAUUUAAAAACUCAGAAAUUGUUGAAAUUAAGCAGUCUGAAGUCUAUGAAGGGCAUGAAAAUAUAACCUGUGAAGAGAAUUUGUGCGAAGAACAGAGCAGUAGGAAACAAAAGGAUGUACUUGGAAAAGAGGUAGGAGGUGAUAUCAGAGGGAAAGUAAAAUUAUCAGCAGAAAAAAAACAUAAAAAGUUGAACAGUUGUCGUACUGAUGCUAUUAAGUUCCCAAAUUUUGGCAAUAUAGACUUAAAGUCAAGAAGCCAUAAGUAUUCUCAGCAUAAAUCUGUAAAAACUCUUCCUUCACAGGAGAGUUCAUACAAACGGAAGAGGAAAGAAAAUAUGAUUGGAAAUAGAGACGCUAAGAAGACAAAGUUGGAAGAUGAAAGACUAAAACAGUCUGAAACAAAGAAUUCCAAGCAGCUUUUGCAUAAUCACAUGAUAAAUACUGACAAGACAAGAAAAUCAAAUGGAGAAAAUGGCUGGAAACGUAAGAGCUCAUUAACAGAUCACUCUGUCCUUAAACUACAGAAAAAAAGGGGUCGAUCUUCUACCAUCUCUAAAAACUACUUUUCUAACAAAGAGAGACAUCUCGAUGGUCAGAAUAAAGACAAGUCUUCUGAGAAAAUGUUUUCUGAUAAAAACCUGCUAUUUUUAAAUAGAAGAAAUAACAAAUUAAAAAUGUGCCUUCAAAAGGAACCGAAAAAACACUAUCUGAACAGAGUUGCAUUUAAACGUACUGCCCAGGAAAGCAUAUAUCUGACCAAAUUAGAAACAUCACCUGUCAGACCUGUGUGGCACAUGAAGCCUAAAGUGUCACAGAAUAGCUCAGAUGAGAAAAGAGAGGCUUCUCUCUCAGAAGAUGAGAAAUCACACAAACUGCAAGUACUUGAAUUUAAACUAUGUCCAGAGAUACUAUUCAGAAAUCCAGCCACUGAAGAAGAAAGCUCAGCUCCAAAGAAUAUCCUGGAAAGAAAUAAAUCUGUUGUGGCAGGUGUCAAGAGUAAAAAAGAAGAUUGGUUAAAAUAUAAUCCAGUGAAGCAAAGAAAGCUGGAAGGGGCCUGUACAGUUGAGGACAGUAUUCCACUUGAUACAGCUAUACAAAUCCUGGAAGGAGAUGGUGAGGCUCUUCACAUUCCAGUCAAAGACUCAAAAGAGAUGUUUCAGACUUACAGGAAAAUGUAUCUGGAAAAAAGAUGCAAAAGCGUAGAUAGCGUUCCUGUGUCAUAGGUUUCUCUUGGUAUCACUGGAAAAAACGUGCCAAUACCAAACUAUAUUUUUUUCUAUUUGCUUCGUAUUUGUCAAUGGUUGUAAAAAUUCUGUAUAUGUGUGUGUUCCUUUAUGUUGGCAGUAUAUUUUUCUCUAUGAGCCUCAUAUUUGUGAAUAACUGGAAUUUCACUUAUACGUCCUGUAUUUGUUGCACAGAUAGGGUUUGGUGCUGAAAACGUUACUGUCAAAUGUAUUAUCCUUUUUUGGCAUAUUUGAAUUUCUUUCUUUUUUUUUUUUUUUAUACAGGAGUUAGUUGACUCUUAAAAAAGAAAAAGAAAAAAGAAAAGCAAAAACUGCAAACAAACCUCAAACUCAUUUAGAUUGUAAUAGUCUUUUUCUUUCUUGAUUCUGGCAAGCUUCUACAUAUGAUGCUUUCCAUUGCUGGCAGUGGAAAAAUAUUCCUCGUGAAAGGGAUUGCAGUGGAUUUCCAAGCAUUACACCUUUCUUUUUCCACUUAGAGUAGUCUGAUUGUCAUACUUCUACCAUGGCUACUUUUUUUUUUUUUUUUUUUUUUUUAAACUUAGCGUACAAAAAUAAAACCCUAAAAUUAAGCAUAUAGGCCAGGGGAUACCAUGAAGUAUUUAUGCUGCUACCUAGUUUUAUUGCAUUUUUUUUCAUAAAGAUUGCGGAAAUUCAAUUCUGAAUUCUUCAUCUGAACACAAUGCUGUUGACUGAUGCCUAGCCGAAAAGUUUUCUUCCCUUGUUUUUCGUCUGUCUCUCAACUUUCUUUGCAUUUGAAAGAAAAGCACAAUUGUUCAGGUCAAGGGAGAUUGAAUUCAGUUUUGUCUAAAUUAUGUUGCUCACUUUAACCAGGCUGUAAUUAAUUUCUUUGUUUAUAAACUGUGUUAGCUAAUAUUUGACUACAUGUUCACUGUGACGUAAGAGUUAUAUUUGUUGCUGGAUUUCUUUUAA